GGAGAAAGUGUGUUUUUGUACGAAAAAUAUUAAUUUACAGAGGUAAGUGUUUCGUUUGUAUCUAUUAUGUUAUUUUAGGCAUGUUCUUGAUUAUGCAAAGGAUUUAAUGCAUGAUUAUGUAGCUUCCAAGAAUGUGUAGUUGAUGAGUGUAGAUGUAGUUUUUUUAAUGACUUAACCUCAAAAAUGUACCCCAAGGGUAAAACGGAUCGGGCAAAGUGGAUACUGUAUCCGCUUUGCCCGGUCAUCUCAAGUAAUAUAAUUUUAUAGAAUUAUGUGUUUUAUCAAGUAUUUAUUAUUCCAGAUGGUGAAUAAAUAUAACAAAAGACUACGCAAGAUACUUGGAGUACAGAUGUCAUGCAGACUGCAACAAAUAAGUGUAGAGCAGGAGAAUCUAUCAAAGGGACCGCAAAAAAUACGGACUUGCAUAUGCGACCCUAUACAGGCAUUUCAAAAGUGGAAUUGCUUCUCCACGGCCCGGUCGAUUCCGUCCUAUAUUCACCAAAGAUCAAGAAAUCGAACUGGUGACUUACCUACAAGAUAUGGAUGCAGUAUUUUUCGGCCUUAUUCGGGAUGAAUUUAUGAGUCUAGCAUUUGAGUAUGCACACCGGAACAAUUUGCAAUACCCUGAUAGCUGGAAUAAAAAUCGAGAAGAAUGCCUGCAAAGAUUUUAUCACGUCGUACCAACUUGACACUAAGAACUCCAGAAUCAAUAUCUGUGGCAAGAAUGAAAGGAUUUAAUCGCCGCGAAGUGAACCAUUUCUAUGAAAACCUUGUAACUGUCAUUGAGAAAAAUAGCAUCGAAGCCUCUAGACUAUACAAUAUGGACGAAACCGGGAUAUCAACAUCAAAUAAGCCACCAAAGGUUAUCUCCGUAAAGGGGAAAAACAAGUAG